AUGAGAAAGGUGUUGAACCUCCGGAGCUUAGGUCAAUCCCUCAUUAAAUACCAGGUUGGGAAUGGUCAGAAUACUCACUUAUGGUUGGAUAAUUGGCAUCCUCUGGGUCCCCUUUUUAAAAGAUUUGGUGAGAGUGUUGUGUACAAUCUUGGCAGGUCUUUGCUUUCAAAGGAGUCCUCUAUUAUUCACAAUGGGGCUUGGAGAUGGCCUAGGCAAAGAAAUAGGGUUACUCAGUUUAUAGUAGUUCACACCCCCCUAGAUUUUCAGCCAAACUGUUUACACAAAGAUUCAGUCGUGUGGCUCCCUCAUCCUAGUGGCUUUUUAGUAUUUUCUACAUGGGAAGCUAUCAGGGUGAAACUUCCAGUUCAAGAUUGGGCUCAUGUGGUUUGGUAUAAGAAGAAUAUCCCUAAGUGGUCCUUUAUCUUGUGGUUGGCUGUCCAACAGAAGUUGAACACUAGAGAUAGACUUUUGAGGUGGGGAAUGAAUGUAGAAGGUGACUGCACCUUUUGUACUAAUGGCCAAGAAACCCACCAUCACCUCUUUUUUCAGUGUCCUUUGUCUCUCUCUGUGUGGGAUAGCAUGUGGAGAAGGUCUUUAAGUGAUCCAAUGCCCUCUACCUUGCCUGAAGUCAUUGCUUGGUAUAUCCAGCAAGUGAAAGGAACAAGUUUCAGAAGUUUGCUUUUGAGGAAUGUUUUAGCUGCAACUAUGUAUAAUCUUUGGAUGGAAAGGAACCAACGGGUUUUCAAUCAAAAUGCCUCAACUCAAGAUCAGAUUAUACUUUGGACUAUUUCCUGUGUUAAAGAAUCUUUGUGUUUGAAGAGGGGAGUGGAUAAGACACAACUAAACAGAGCUCUUUGCAAUAGUUGGGGACUCACGGACAAGAUUUUUGGCCCUUCGCACUAG